CCUCGACGCUCUCUACUUCGAAGUCAGUGCCAUUGACUGGGUUUGGUGUGAAUGAUGAUGUUUUUGGCCCUGGCAGAGAGGGCUGUGCUGUUUUACCACCACCACCAUCCCACUGAACAGCUCCCCAGGAGGUCCACAAGAUUCUCUGUGCAGCUGCCCCUACUCAAGAAAGUCACCACUAGGUUUAAACGUGGUCGAGCAAACACCGUACCAUUACCAGGCGGGGAAGAGGAUGUGGACAGUGAAGACAUUGCUCCACCAUCUCCUUCUUCAUCAGUGUUUGCCUCGCUCCCAAUCCACAUCCGUGUUCCCUGGCACUCCAAGAAGAAAACAGAAGAAGCAAAGGAGCAGCUGCAGGAAGCGUCUGUAAAGCAGGUCGAUGAGCUACAGAACCAGCUCGAACAUGAGCAAACGAAAUCUCAGAUCUUGAGGAAGAGAGUCGAAGAGCAAGAAGAGGAGUUGGCAGAGAAGAACCAUCUUCUGCGGGAGCUCCAGCAAACGCUAUCAGAGAAAGAAGCUCACUGCGGGAGACUGGAGGAAAUGAACAGAAAUCUGGAGAGGCAAGUAGCAGAGCUGCGGGCAGAGAAGGAGAGGGCUCUCCAGGUGUCACCGUGGUGGGAGGUGGAGAAGGAGGAGGUUACGCUCAACAAGAUGGAGAUACUGGGGACCGGGGCCUGGGGCUACGUGGUGGAGGGAGCCUUCAGGGGGCAGAGUGUGGCCGUCAAGUGUCUCCACAGUAUCAUACAACAGCCCCACUUCCUCCAGAUCGUCCGACGAGAGGUCGAAAUAAUGGCCCAACUGCGGCACCCCCACCUCCUCUUGUUCAUAGCCGUUGUUCUGGACAAUCCCUCAGGUCCUCUCAUCAUCACUGAGCGUCUCGACACAACUCUUAGACGAUCGUACGAAUUAGGUCAGCUUCAACAGUCGAAUAUUGUCAGUGUCUUCAGGGACGUGGCAUCAGCCCUCAACUACCUACACUUGCAACGCCCCACUAUCAUCCACAGAGACGUGAGCUCGGCCAACAUUUUGCUCGAAAAGAAGUCGAGUGAACUGUGGAGGGCGAAACUGUCUGAUUUUGGAUCUGCUAAUCUCAUGCGCCAGUGUUCCACCGUAGGUCCGGGUGCCAUUGUAUAUGCUGCUCCUGAGGUGAGAACUGCAGAGAGUGGCAUACCACAAACACCAAAGGUUGAUGUGUACAGUUUUGGCGUAUUGUUGGCCGAAGUACUCCUCUGUCAGUUUCCGAGUGUUGAGGAGCUCCCUGCAAUGCUGGACACAGUCAAAGUUGUUUGGCCCAGGGCCUACCCUCUGGUGUGCAGCUGUACUAGAGAGAGCCCUGUAGAUAGACCAACUAUGGUCUCAGUGUUGGGACAACUUGAACAACUCAACAUUUCUGAUGCAGAUGUGCAUUAGU